CGGAGGUGCAGUGUAUAUGGUUUCUAUACAGCAGGUGCUUUGUCCACAUAUAGUCAGACGGUGAAUAACAGCAGCAUACAAUUGCUGUACAGAUACAUUAUCAAUGAUCUGCCGGGUAUCUCUCAAGUCCAUGCAGCUCUCCAGCCUUUCCACUUUCCUCUGCCGGCCUCUAUCGACAUGGCCAGCUAGGCUGCCAGUGUCACGGCGAGCUAUGCUCUACGUACCUGGGUCCAAUCCUCGCAUGUUGGAGAAGUCUCUAUCCAGUCCAGCAGACUCGGUUGCCUACGAUUUGGAAGAUUCUGUGAGCCCAGGUAAGAAAGCAGAUGCUAGACGUUUGGUCACAGAAUUGCUGGAUGGUGAAAGAAGGCCAAAGGGAGAGGUUGUAGCACGAAUCAAUGCCAUAGGCACCGGCUAUGAAGAUGAUGAUCUGAACUACGUUCUACGUACAAGGCACGUCCAAGCAAUUGCACUGCCCAAGACCAACUCGCCUGAACAUAUCGAAUAUGUGAUCUCUCGCAUUAACGCCCUUGCCCCUAUGCAUAAGCAAUCAGGUCAACCAGAAGCAAUCAAAAUUAUUGCCAUGAUUGAGAAUGCGCAGGCCAUGGUAGCUAUCGAAGCCAUUGCUGCUAGCGGGAAAGGGCAUCUUGAUGCUUUGCUGUUUGCAGCAGAAGACUACUGUGCCGAUUUGGGUUUGACUCGUACCUCAAGUAGGCAAGAGUUGCUGUACCCUCGAUCAAGACUAGUUACAACAGCCAAAGCAUUUGGUCUUCAAGCUAUUGAUUUGGUUUGCGUUAACUACAAGGAUAAGGAAGUUUUGAGGGAGGAGUCCGAAGAAGGAAGGAGGCUGGGUUUCGAUGGCAAACAAGCUAUCCAUCCUGAGCAGAUUGAUAUAAUCCAUAGCUCAUUUGCGCCAAACGAAAUAGACAUCUUGAAAGCAGCAAGAAUCAAGUUUUCUUUUGAGCACCACGAUCAGCUCGGCAAAGGGGCGUACACCCUCGACGGUGUCAUGAUCGAUGCGCCUGUGUACAAACAAGCCAGCAAAGUUUUAGCCAAAGCUGAAGCUGCGGGGCUCGAGAUUCCGAAAGUGACACUGAGUGACAUUCAAUGAGUAUAUGGUAUAGAUACGUAGGAAUACAGUACGAUUCUACUCUUCAGUCGGGAGUUUCAAUUAAGACCAUUGAAUUAUAGUAUUGUUAUAUAUAGUUGUCUUUAUAGACGGUAUUAAUAGCGGACGGUAAAUCUGCAUUUCGAUCGCACU